AUGGCCAGCACAGGGCCGUCGCUUUCUGGCACCUUUGACAUUCUAGACGCAGCGGGCCAGGAUAAGCUCUUGUAUCUUAAGCACAAACUGAAGACCCUGCGGCCAGGCUGCCGGGGGGCGGACCUCCUGCAUGCCCUGGUGCUCCUAAAGCUGGGCCAGGAGACCGAGGCCAGGAUCUCCCUGGAGGCGCUGAAGGCAGACGCUGUGGCGAAGCUGGUGGCCCGCCAGUGGGCUGGUGUGGACAGCACUGAGGCCCCAGAGGAGCCCCCAGACGUGUCCUGGGCCGUUGCCAGGGUGUACCACCUUCUUGCCGAGGAGAGGCUGUGUCCAGCGCCAAUGCGGGAGGAGGCCUACCGCGCAGCCGUCCGUGCUUUCAGGUCCAGGGACGACCCCCAGCUGGGGGAGCUCCAGGAAGAGGCACGAGACCGGUGCGGAUGGGACGUCCUUAGGGACCUGGAGGGCAUCCAAACUCUCCACUCCGAUCUGGGGUGCCUCCUGCCGUCCUCGGCAUCACCCUCCGGGACCCGCAGCGAUCCGCGGCCCAUUGUGGGCCUUUCGGACUGGAGCAGAGGGCAUUCCCUGAGAUCCACCGGCAGCCCGGCCUCCCUGGCCAGCAACUUGGAAAUUAGCCAGUCGCCCACCAUGGCCCUCCUCAGUAGUCACCACAGCCCCCACGGGCCCAGCAAGCUGUGUGACAAGCCCCGGGCCAGCCCGGUGCCCGAGCCUGCCCCUAUGGGCUGCCAGGAGCCCGAGGAGAUGAGCUGGCCCCCAUCAGUGGAGGCUGCCAGACCCCCAGUGCGGCCAAACAGCCCAGCCCCCAGGCUUCCCGAGGUGGCCGCAGAUGCAUGCCCCGCCAGCCUGCAUGACCCCCCGGAAGCUCCGAAAAACAGCAGUCACUACUCGGUGGAGUGCACGGAUGUGCCAGCAGCUCCCAAAUCUCUCCCCUCGCCUUCCAGAAACGUCUGCCCUGUCGCGGAUCAGACGCCAAUCCAACUUUCAGAGGAAGACACCACUUACCCGGCGGCUCAGCCACGCCCACCGACUCCAUCGGCCCCCAAAACGUCCCCUCCCUUUUCGUCUCCAUCGACCCCUCCUAAGGCUCACCCUACCGUCUCGAAGCCUGGGCCUCCUCCUCCGGAGCUGGAGUCGUCGGAGCAGAAGUUCUAUAACUUUGUGGUGCUGCACGCUGGCGCUGACGAGCACAUCGCGCUGCGCGUGCGCGAGAGGCUGGAGGCCCUGGGCGUGAGCGACGGCGCCACCUUCUGCGAAGAUUUCCAGGUGCCAGGGCGCGGCGAGCUGCACUGCCUGCAGGACGCCUUAGACCACUCGGCCUUCACCAUCCUGUUGCUCACCUCCAACUUUGACUGCCGGCUGAGCCAGCACCAGGCGAACCAUUCUCUGAUGAGCAGCCUCACGCGGCACGGGUGGCAGGAUUGCGUGAUCCCCUUCCUGCCCUUGGAGAGUUCCCUGACCCAGCUCAGCCCCAGCACUUCCAGCCUGCUCACCGCCCUGGUGUGGCUGGACGAGCGCUCCCCGAUCUUCGCCAAGAAGGUGGCCAACACCUUCAAGUCCCAGAAGCUGCGGGCCCGCAAGGCAAAGUGGAGGAAGGAACAGGAUGUCCGGGCCCUGCAGGAGCACAGCCAACACCUGGAGGGUGAGCGGCAGCAGGCAGCGGCGUGGAGUGCCGCGCACUCAGCUUUCCUCCAUAACUACCUGUCCUACCAGACGCAGAUGGAGAAGCUCCAGGUAGCUUUCGGGAGCUACAUGCCAUUUGACACUCAGCUGCCUUCUGUGCUUCAGGUGCCCUUUGGGGGACCGGGGCCCCUCGGAGCCCCACCACCACCCUUUCCCACCCAGCCGGGCCAUCGGCCGCCGCCCCUGCCUCCUUGGCUGGCGGGCAUGCCCCCGCCGGCUUUCCCGCAGCCCCCGGUGGCUUUCCCGCAGCCCCCGGACUUCCCACAGACUUCACCCGUGCACUCUCCGAGCUCUGGGCUGCAGCCCCUCAUCAUACAUCAUGCACAUAUGGUACAACUGGGACUCAACAACCAUAUGUGGAACCAGAGAGGGACGCAGGCGCCCGAGGACAAGAUGCCAGAAACGGAAUGA